UUUUGUCUGUAGCUGAUCAAGACACUUAUCUUUUAAUAAUUUGUUACACAUGCCUCAUCGGAUUUUAUGUAAGAAUUUUCUCAAUAUUGUUUCCAUGUUUUGUCCGUUUAACAUGAAUAGAUAUAAUAUCAAUCAUUAUUUUAGGUGGUGUUUUUCAAAAAUAUAUGGAUCUGUAGUUGGUACUAAGAUUGGGAUAAUGUAAUACUUGAUUCCAUCAUUAGUUCAUAAAAUCAUUCUAAUUUCAUUGAGACUGCAAUAAAUACAUGUACUUUCAUUAAGCAAUGAAGUAAUUUCCAAUUUUGUAUCUUUUCACCACUUUCAUUACAUUCUUUUAAAUAACUAUGAAAACUUCCAAACACUCAAGUAAUUCAUUUAGCAUGUUUUUGAAAACAAGUUUAGUUUUACUUGUAUUCAAGGUCAACACCAUCAAAGAUAAUCCAGAACUUGUAACGGCAGCAACUGUAGAUGAUGUUCUCAGUCAACUGUCCACGCUAACAGACCAGCAGGAGCAGAGUACCUAUAGCGGUGAACUAGAAGUUGUUACUUCAACUUUAGAGGUUAUAGCCACUAUCGAUUAUACAAAUAUAACGCUCACCGAGACGCAAAAUACAGCCUUCUUAGAGACGACAAGUAAUUUACUCGAUCCUAAAAACGCCGAGUCUUGGCAAGCUAUAGAUGAACAAUCGUUCAAACCAGGGGAAUCUUCAGGAGCGUCAAAAGUUCUUGAUGUUGUAAGUUAUUAUACAGAUGCAAUUUCAAAGUCAUUGGACGAAUCUGAACUGAACAGAACUAUCAACGUUUCAAAUAUAGUGCUGCAAGUGCGAAAGCUCAACAAUUCUAAAGAUAUAGUGUUCCCAUCUACUGAUGAGUUUGAAAAUAUUUCUGCUGCCUUGGAUUUGUCUCAGGCUUCACUUAAAGGUUCAACAAAAUAUUCAGCAGUUGUAUACAAGAAUCUCACUGGUGUUUUGUCAACAAACGCAUCAUUUGGUUCACAAGAAUUGGAGCUUGGCUCGUCGGUAAUGUCAGUAAAGCUAAACCAAUGGAAAAAUGUAACUGGGUUCAAAAUAACAGUUACAUUUCAACACUUUCAGACAAGACAACUGUUAGCCACAUGUAGUUACCGCAACGAGAGCAGGAGCGUUUGGGAGAGAGACGGUUGUCGUGUGAUGCAUUCAAACUCUUCAGAGACAAUCUGCGAAUGUGACCAUCUCACGAAUUUUGCUAUUUUAAUGAGUCCGUGGACGGAGAACAAUGUUGACACUGAAGCAAUACGCAUUUUAUCUAUUGCUGGAUGUUCUGUGUCAAUGCUGUGUUUGGUCGUAACGGUGCUUACACAUUUAUUCUACUGGAGGUAUGUGAAAUCAGAUCGUGUUAAGAUACUGAUGAACCUCUGUAUUGCAUUGCUAGUUUCAUAUGGCGUAUUUCUCGGAGGUGUUGACAGAACAUCAAAUCAAGAUGUAUGCACAACAAUAGCAGUGCUGCUACAAUAUAUCUAUCUCGUGGUCUUUUUCCUCAUGUUAGCGGAAGGCAUAGAGAUCUCCGUUGUCGUAUUAUAUGUGUUCACUACCAAAUCUAGAUUGAAAUGGAUUCUACCGUCCGCGUGGUUAUUUCCGGCUUUGAUAGUUGGUAUUUCACUCGCAGCUACCCAAACUAAAGGCUACGGUAACGAAAAAUCCUGUUGGUUAUCCAUUGACGACGGUGUUAUCUGGGCAUUUGUAGGACCAGCUCUCCUCAUUAUUCUGGUAAAUUUCAUUUUGAUAGUUCUUGUGAUGAAAGCUAUUUUCAAGACGAAAAAUCUGUCGCAGAAAUCAAACAAGGAAAGAACAAUAGCGGGUGUUCGUUGUCUUUGUGUGUUGCUCCCUCUGGUUGGUUGCACCUGGGUUAUCGGUAUAUUUUAUGUAAAUGAGGAUAUGGCUUGGAUACAAUACGUCUUUGCAAUUUGUAACGGGCUACAGGGAAUGGCGAUAUUCAUAUUUCACUGUGCACUUAACACACAGAUAAGGAAUGCAUUCAAUAGAAAACAGAAGUAUUCUCAGUCAGCUUCUACCACAAGAUCGACAUCAAACCCACUUCUCAUUCCCAGGGCAAAACCUAACUUAUCUUCAACUGAUUUGUAUCUCAGCACUAGCUACGGAGAAUCGAUACAUCAGCGCAGAAGACGGAAUGAGGAUAGAAGGAAUGACAAUUUAGAAAUGAAACAAUAUUCUUACACCUUAGACUACUUCGACUGAUGAUACGAUCCAAUGUUCUCCAGUGUUACGAUUUCUUAUUUGAUCAACAGGACGGGUGAUCCUUUCGGUCACUGUAUUUAUUCAGAUGUUUAUUGAAUCAGAU